GGCCCCGCGAUUGCACCGGCUCUGCUGCAUUAUAAAUACUUCUCCAAAAUGCACCGGACCCUCUUUAUGGCCUUCCGUCUGGUCCCGCCCGAUCCUCCCUCCUAGGAAACCCUCUCGCUCAUUUUUCUUUUUUUUUUUUCCCUUUUCCCUCCCCCUCCCACCCCUCCCCACCCUCCCCCGCCUCGUCGAUUCGCAUCCCGGGCCUCCAUUCAUUUUAUUUUAUUUUUUUUUCUCACCCUGCCUUCCCCCCCUUUCUCGGCCAGUUGCAUGCAUUGUCUCUCUCCCAAAAUGGUUUGCGAGACUAAAAUCGUGGCGGAGGACCAUGAGGCCAUUCCCGGAUCCAAAAAAGAUUCCAUAAUCGUCUCCACCUCCCAGAUGUGGCCGUCGCUCUCGGGCGGCCCGGCCUCCGGCCUCCCGGCCUCCGGCGUCGGGGCCGAGGAGGAGCUCAAGAAAGAGCCCCUUUACAUCCGCGAAUUCCACCCCAAGGAACAGGACGUCGCCUGCCGCAUCUUCUAUGACGGCAUAAUGGAGAGGGUCCCCAACACCGCCUUUAGGGGGCUCAAACAGCAGCCCCUCGCUCAGUUGAUGUACGUGCUGUUGGCAUUAUUGUGCUUUGUUGUGACCAAGUCCUUGCUGCUGACCUGCUGUGUGCCCGUGUUUCUGAUGGGCAUGAGGUACUACUACAGUAGAAAAGUUAUCCUCACGUAUCUCAAUUGCGCCCUGCACACGGACAUGUCUGAUAUUGAGCAAUAUUACAUGAAACCACCAGGUUCCUGCUUCUGGGUGGCCGUGCUGGACGGCAACGUGGUGGGCAUCGUGGGCGCGCGGGGCCGCGAGGAGGACAACACCGUGGAGCUGUGCCGCAUGUCCGUGGACGCCAACUACCGCGGCAAGGGCAUCGCCAAGAGCCUCGGCCGCAAGGUGCUGGAGUUCGCCGUGCUCAACAACUUCUCGGCCGUCGUGCUGGGCACCACCGCCGUCAAGGUGGCCGCGCACAAGCUGUACGAGUCCCUGGGCUUCAAGCACACGGGCGUCGUGGAACAUUACGCCCUGCCGGGCAUGACGCACUCCCCGCUCGAGAAACUCUUCUUCCAGCUGCGCUACCAUCGCUACCGCCUGCAGCUGCGGGAGGAAUAACGCCACCGGCAGCCGGCCUC